UCCGGGUGAGAGGUGAACUCCUCCAUCUUGUUGCUGCCAUUGCUUGUAGUGCUGUGCUGCCGUUUUUCCUAAAUUACUGAAGGAUAUUAUUGAAUCAAGUCCAUUAACCGGAAGAGGGACAAACGAGGACCAACAGAACGCAGCAGUAGGGACCUGAAGCUUGAGGGUGACAACUUGCGAAAUUCCGCACGGACCAAAACAGACUGGGUUGGAGAGGAGGAUUACGAGCGGAGUGAGAAGUUGGUAGGAGCUGAGAAUUGUUUGGCGGAUUGCAUAAACUGUACAUUGAAUGUAGCUUUAUGGCUUCCACAUCAGGUGGAAAUAGUGGAGAAGAAAUGGAGUGGAUGAUGUCUAGGUCUGCAAGGAGAAAGCGAGAAAUGAGGCAAAGACAGGAAAGAGAUAGAAGUUGGUCAGAUGGGAGUGAGAUUAGAGAGGAAAGAAGUAAAAAGACAAAAACAAAUACAAGCCCGGGAAAACAAGUGCAGGGAGAGAGAGCAAAUGGGGAGGAGGAGUGGAAAGUUACAGUCGAGUUCAAAGAAGAGGGAGGACAUUUACAUCCGGUUAAACUAACUAAAGCAAUAGAGAAAGAAAUUGGACAAAUCAAGUCAGCCAGGAUUAUGAAUAAUAGAAAGAUAUUAAUUUAUGCUGUUAGUAAAAAACAACAAGAACACAUUCUCAAAAUGACAAAUUUGGUAGGUGAGAGAGUCAAAACAUUCAUACCUGGCGCAGCUGCAAGAUUAAGAGGAGUGAUUACAGGUGUUCCCAUUGACAUGACAGUUGAUGAAAUCAAACAAGAGAUUAAAGGAGGCAAAGUUGUUGAAGCUACAAGGAUAAAACAUAAAAGGGAUGGAGUUGUUAAAGACACCAUGGCAGUAAUAUUGCAGUUUGAGAAUGUUGUACCAGAAUCUGUGCAGAUUGGCUAUAUAAACUUCAGGGUCAGAGAAUACAUUCCCAAUCCAAUAAGAUGUUAUAUUUGUCAGAGAAUGGGUCAUGUAGCAAAGGAAUGCAAAGGGAAAAUAAGGUGUGCAAGAUGUGGAGGUUCGCAUUAGUAUGGAAAAUGUGAGAAAGACGCCAAAGUUAAGUGCUGUAAUUGUGGAGGAGAACACAGUGCAGCAUAUGGUGGGUGCAUAGUACAGAGGGAAGCAAGGCAAGCACAAAGAAUAAAAAUAUCAGAGAAGGUGUCAUAUGCUGAGGCAUUAAGGAAAGUUAGAAAAGAAAGUAUAAAUAACUUGGGAAAUAAAGAAACAAUUCAAGAAGUUUUAAAUCAGGAAAAUAAAUCACAAAGAAAGGAAAAGCAAACCAUUGUCAGUUCAACAGAUGAAAGUAAUGUAUGUAAACACAAAUGUAAUGUGGAUAAAAAUACAAUGGUGGUGAAAAAAGAUAAUUUUGUGGCAUUUAUCUGUCACAUUAUAAAUGUUACAGUGCAAAUGAAGAAGAAAAGUGAUAAAAUCAAAACGGUUGUAGAAGCAGCAGGAAGGUUUCUAGACAUGAAAGAGGUCCAAGCAGAUCAAAUACACAAACUUCUGAGUACAGUUGGAAAUGAUCAAGAAAAGGAUUAAAAAAAAAAAAAAAAAUGGUCAUACAUAUUCUUCAAUGGAAUGCUAGGAGUCUUAUAGUAAAUGGUCAAGAAUUAAAAAAAUAUAUACAUAAAUUAGAAAUAGUUUCAGAUGUUAUUUGUGUUCAGGAAACUUGGUUAAAACCAUCUUUGGAUUUUAAAAUUCCUGGUUACAGUUCUGUAAGAAGAGAUAGGAGAAACAACAGUAAUGGAGGAGGUUGUGCAACUUUCAUUAAAGAUGGAUUGGCAUAUAGAGAACAUCAAGUUCCUGGGCAGUAUGAAUGUGUAAGUGUAGAAAUAUUUAAUUUGGAAAAAAUUGGUAAUAUUAGGAUUUUCAACUACUAUAAUCCAUGUAAAAAGUUGGAAAGUGAGGUAUUUAAUAAAAUUUCAGGAUCAAUAACGAGAAGAGAAGUUUGGUGUGGGGAUUUCAAUGCACAUAAUAGCCUAUGGGGAAGCAGACAGACGGAUAAUAAUGGUAAAAUAGUGGAAUAAAUAAUGGAUGAAAGGUCACUGGUGUGUCUUAAUAAUGGAAAAGGAACAAGAAUUGACAUAUAUAAAGGUACUUUGUCAUGUCUUGACUUAACAUUAGUAUCCAAUUCGAUAGUUAGUUCUUGUAAUUGGGGUGUGAGGGAAGAAUCCACAAUAGGAAGUGAUCACUAUCCUGUUAGUACAAUCAUUAAAGAUAAAUUAUUUAAACAAGAUGAAUUAAAAAUAAUAAGAUGGUGUUUUAAUAAAGCUAAGUGGCAAAUUUUUUAAACAAUAUGUGAGCAAACAAGUCAUUUAGUAACAUUAAAAGGAAAUAUAGAUUAGUGUACUAAACAGGUAACGGAACAUAUACUUAAUGCUGCAGAAAUAAGUAUUCCAAAAACAAUUAUUAAAGGGAAGAAAAAAAAUUGUGCCAUGGUGGAAUGAGGAUUGUAGCAGAGUGAUUAAAGAACGAAAUAAAGCUUUUAAAAAUCUACAGAAAAAUUUAACAGGAGAAAAUCUUAUUAAAUAUAAGAAGAAAAGGGCAGAGGCUCGUAAAAUAAUCAAAGAGGCUAAGAAGGAAACUUGGAGAAAUUAUUGUUCUUCCAUAGGAGCAGAAGUAAAACUACAAAAUGUUUGGAAAAUGUUUAAGAAAAUGGGUGGGAAUAGAAGUCAAGUUAAAAUUCCAGCAUUGGUUAGAGGUCAAGAAAUUGUGGUAUUAAAUAAAGAUAAGGCAGAUGUUUUGGGUGAGGCUUUUGCAGCAGUGCAUAGUGGGGAGCAUUUAGGAAAUAUACAUAGAAAUCAAAAAGAACAAAAAUUAAAAGAAUAUAAUGAUAUCUAUAAAAAGAAAGAUAGAUCGGUUUCAGCAUUAGAUGAAGAAAUAAGUAUGAAUGAAAUAAAAACAGUUAUUAAAGAUACUGGAUAUUCAGCUCCAGGGGAGGAUAAUUUAUGCUAUGCAAUGUUUAGAAGGUUACCGGAAGCAACAUUAAAAUUAAUAUUACAAUUUUUUAAUAAAAUUUGGAGAGAAGGUGAAGUUCCAAAGAAAUGGAAAACUGCAAUAAUCCUCCCAUUUAAUAAACCAGGAAAAGAUUCUUCAGAUCCAAAUAAUUAUUCUUUGACAUUGAAAAAGCGUAUGACUCAAUGUGGAGGGAAGGUUUAUUGAUAAAGUUGGAAAAUAUGGGAAUAGGGGGAAGAAUGUAUAACUGGAUAGCAAGUUUCUUUGCAGAAAGGAAAAUUAGAGUUAAAGUUGGGGAUGAAUACUCAAGAGAUUUUAAAGUAGAAAACGGCACUCCUCAAGGAAGUGUAAUUAGUCCUUUACUUUUUAACAUUAUGAUUAAUGAUAUAUUCUUAAAUCUAGAUGAAUGCAUUAAAUCAGCACUUUAUGCAGAUGAUGGAGCUAUAUGGAUGAGGGGAAGGAAUGUCCCACAUUUAGCUAAAAAUAUUAAAAGAGCUGUUAAUAAAAUAGAAAAAUGGUCAUACGAAUGGGGAUUUAAAUUGUCGGUAAGUAAAUCCUGUUAUAUGAUUUUUACUAAUAAAAGGAAUAUUGAUAUAGGAGAGAUAAAGUUAUAUGAUCAACCUAUAAAAAGAGUAGAUGAAUUCAAAUAUUUAGGAUUAUGGCUAGAUAGUUCAUAUACAUGGAAAACGCAUAUUAAGCAGCUAGAAACAAAAUGUAAGAAAGUAAUAAAUCUCAUGAAAGCAGUGGCUGGGAAUGAUUGGGGGGCUGAUAAGCAGUCAUUAUUGAAUAUAUAUAGAGCUCUUAUGAGAUCAGCAAUAGAUUAUGGUUGUAUAGUAUAUGAAGCAGCAGCAAAAACAUCAUUACAAAUUGUAGAUAAAUUACAAUAUAGGGCAUUAAGAUUAGCUACUGGAGCAACGAAGACUACUCCUAUUAACGCUCUUUUAGUAGAGGCUGGAGAUACUCCGUUAGAAAUAAGACGGGUCAGAAUAUCACUGUCAUAUUGGAUCAGAGUUAAAAGCAGUAGUGAAGGAAAUCCAGCAAAAAGCAUAAUAAAGAAUUGUUGGGAAUAUUCUAAAUUCACAAGAAAGGGAUUUGGAUGGAAUGUGAAUGAAUGGGCAAAAAUGUACGAGCUGGAGGAUAAGACAUUCUCACAAAAUAAUCCAAUUAGUGCUGUACCACCAUGGUUGUUUCCAGAAACAAAAGUUGAUUUAAAAAUACAUGAAAUGAAAAGAGAAUGGAAACAUAAUGAAGUUGGGGUUAAAUCUAGCAUAUAUAUCAGACAAUCGUUUUAUAGUUUUUUAAAAAUAUACACAGACGGGUCAAAAAAUUCAAAGGGAAAUGUGGGUAUAGGGAUAUUUAUCCCAGAGUUUAAUAUUUGUAUAUGUGAAAGAUUAACAGACCUUUUAUCUAUAUACACAGCAGAAAUGGUUGCAAUUAUUUUUAGUUUACAGUGGGUGGAGGAGGUUAGACCGGAUAGGGUGGUAAUUUGUACAGAUUCAAAAGCUGCAAUAGAAAGCAUUCAUUCAGGAGGAAAUAGUAGGAAAGACCUGGUAAUAGAAAUUUAUCAGAGUUUAUAUAGGUUAUAUAGGUAUGGAAUAGAGGUUCAGUUCUGUUGGGUACCAGCACAUGAAGGGGUGAAAGGAAAUGAAACAGCAGACAAGCUAGCAAAAAAGGCUUUAGGAAAGCAGAAUAAAGAUCAGAUUUCAUUUGGGAAAGGGGAAGGUAAAUCAAUAAUUAAAAAGAAAGAAACAGAAAUAUGGCAAAAAAUAUGGGAUGAAGAUGAGAAAGGAAGAAGAUUAUAUAGGGUUCAAAAAUCUGUAAUAUGGAAAAAUUAUGGAAAAAGAAGCAGAAGGGAAGAGAUAAUUUUUACUAGACUAAGAACUGGACACACAUACUUGAAUGAGUUUUUGUAUAUAAUAGGGAAGAGAAAUAAUGAUAUAUGUGAGGGUUGUGCAGAAAAAGAAAAUGUGGAUCAUGUUUUGAUGAAUUGUAUUAAAUAUGCAAUGGAAAGAGAGAGGAUGAGGAAAGUAAUUAUGGAAACAGGGAGAGAUUGGAGUAUUAAAGGAAUUUUAGGGACAGAUGGAGAUAGGGAAGAAAAUAUGGAAAUUAAUAAAGCAUUGUUUUUAUUUUUACAUAACAAAAAAUAAAAAAAUAGAAUAUAGUAGGUGGAACCAUAGAGCUACACACUCAUGUACAG